AUGGCGACCACCAACGGCACCGCGAACAAUGAGUUCGUGGACCCGGAGAAGGUGAACCCCGAGGGUGACCACCAUGCGCCCUACCUCGCUGCCAACAUGGAGGAGGACUACGAGGGGAAGCCAACCGACGAGGAGCUCAAGACUCUGCGCAGAGUGCCCGGAAGCAUCCCCAUCCUCGCAUACUUGAUCUGCAUCGUCGAGUUCUCGGAGCGAGCCUCGUACUACGGUGUCCAGCCGCUGAUCAGCAACUUCGUCAACCGGCCACUCCCCCCGGAUGGAAACGGAUAUGGUGCACCUCCUGCUGGCACCCAGCAGACUGCCGGUGCUCUGGGCAUGGGCACCCAGGUCGCCAACGCCAUUACCCAGUCCUUUUCCCUGAUCGCCUAUGCUUCGCCUCUCAUCUUUGGUUACAUUGCCGACGUCAAGACCGGUCGCUACAAGAUGAUCUUCUGGGGCGUCCUGGUCUUCGGUAUUGCCCACGUUCUGAUGGUUGCCGCUGGUGCAAAGGACCUUCUGGCAAAUGGGAACUCCAAGAUCCCCUUCUUCAUCUCUGUGUACAUCCUUGCCAUUGGCGCCGCCAUGUUCAAGCCGUGUGUGUCUCCUCUCCUGCUGGACCAGAUGACCACGACGGUGCCAACCGUUGUGACCACCAAGAAGGGCGAGCGCGUGAUUCAGGACCCCGAAGCCAGUACCGAGCGUAUCAUGCUGUGGUUCUACUUGAUGAUCAACAUCGGUGGUUUCAUGAACGUGGCAACCGCGUACAUUGAGAAGUACGUGGGUUGGUGGUUGGCAUUCUUGGUGCCGCUCUUCCUCUACCUGCCCCUGCCCUUCCUCCUCAUCUUCCUCCGCAAGCGCCUGAUACUCCACCCUCCUGGUGGCAGUGACCUGGGUAAGAUCAUGAAGGUCUUGGGUAUCUGCAUCCGCUCUGCUGGUCUGAAAGGGUUUGGUCGCAAGGGUUUUUGGGAGGCAGCCAAGCCCUCUGUCAUCCGCGCCAAGGGCCUGAACAUCCAGACGACGUGGAACGACCAGUUUGUCGAGGAUGUUCGCCGAACCUUCCAGGCCACUGGCAUCUUCUGCUUCUUCCCGAUCCAGUACCUCAACGAUAACGGUAUCGGUUCCGCUGCCAGCUUCCUGUCCACAAUGCUCCAAACCAACGGUGUGCCGAACGAUGUUAUCGGUAACUUCAACACACUGAGCAUCAUCUGCUUCGCCCCAAUUCUGAACUAUGGUCUUUACCCCUUUCUUCGCAAGACGGGUGUCCACUACGGUCCUGUUGCACGUAUCACCACCGGUCUUGCCAUGUCGUCAAUUGGCGGCGCUGCUUAUACCGUGUUGAACUACUAUGCCUACAAGGAGUCCCCUUGUGGUGAGUACGGAUCCAGCGACUGCACGAUUGGUGAUGGUGUUGCUCCCAUCAGCAUCUGGUGGAUGGCUAUCCCCUACGCCAUUGGUGGCAUCUCGGAACUGUUUGUCAACGUCCCUGCGUACGGCAUUGCCUACUCACGUGCACCUGUCAACAUGAGAGGUCUUGUCUCUGCCAUCAACCUGUUCACUACGGCUGUCGCGUAUGCCAUCGGUCUUGCUUGCUCAGCAGUCAUUACCGACCCAUACCUGACCUGGGACUUUGGUGGUCCUGCCAUUGUUGGUGGCGUUCUGACCAUCGUGUUCUACUUUAUGUUCCGACACAUCGAUGACGAGGAGUAUGUCGUCAGCCAGGACAACGACAACGUCGACUACCACCUGGAGAUGGAGGGUACCGCGAACGUCGUGGGCGAGAACCAGUUUAACAAGACCUCCAACCGUGGUGCGCCCAUCACGGACAACGAGGAGAUGAUGAUCUCCCAGAAGCAACUCUCCUUCGCUAGCGAGAUCGCAGGUCAGCUUUACCAGCAUCUCAUAGGAUCGUAUCACCCCAAGAACUUUAAGCAGUUCACGAUGUCCGUUGUUGCUGUUGCCUCAUCUCCUGAUCACGAGUUCACCAAGCCGACGGUGAGCUCCAUCACCUUGGUCAAAGAUCUAGGGGUACAAGGAGACGCGCAUUUUGGGCAGACGGUGCAGCAUCGCUCUCGCCUGCACAUCCAACCACCACCGCCAAACCUUCGCCAGGUCCAUUUGAUUCCAAUUGAGUCACUUGUGGAGCGCAAUCUGGCCCCGGGCGCAAUCGGCGAAAACAUAGCAACGCGAGGAAUUCAACUGCUGCAGCUAUCCACGGGGACGAAGUUACGGUUCGUGAAGGCCGGCGACGGGAGCGACGAAGAGGGCCCCGUCGUGGUGUUGACCGGAGUCAGGAAUCCCUGCCCUCAGAUAGAGAAGUAUAGAAAGGGGCUGCAGCAAACGUUCAUUGUUAGAGACUCGGAACGGAAUAUCGUCCGUAGGCUUGCCGGAGUGAUGGCCACCGUGGAGGUUGGCGGUGAUGUUACAGCGGAUAUGGCCAUCAUCAUUGAGGAGCCUAAAGUGUAUGUUCCUUUGACGCCUGUCUGA